AUGUUAUCGUUUUAGAGCUUUCGUUUUGACUUGGCAUUAGAAAAAAAUUCCCAAAAAAAUAGUCAAUAUUUAUCAAAAUUUCUGUUAAUAAAUUUUAACUUAGAUUCAACGGUCAGGAUGAAGUUCUAUCCAAAUGCGGACGUGUGGUUUUGCGUGGACAAGCCCAGUUGCAUGAACAGCUACCAGAAGUAUCCACCAAAUCACAGCUGGAAGCUUCAGGACAAGACGAUUCAACGGGAGAUCUAUUACUGGCGCGACUUAGAGGGAGUGAAAAAGACGCAGAUCAAGCUCAAGGACCUCUACUUCACCAAGUGGCCCAAAAGUCGCAUUCGACCACAGGCCUGUUUGGGAAUGCUCUAUGCAACUGGCAACCGAUUCAUCCGCUUGACACAAGCGCCGCCAGCUGGUUUCAAAUGCGCACCGAUGCCCGUCAAUUUGGCCACCGCCCAAAUGGUCAAAGUUGAGCUGCGCAAAAAGGCCAAACGUGAUAGAGCGGCUGCUAGGAAGGCUAAAAGAGAUGCGAAAAAGGCCAAGAAGGCCGCCAAGAAGGAAAAAAGGCAAGGGGGCAAAGGCGGCAAGGACGAUCUCAAGCCGAAAGUCAUCAGAACCUACGAAGACGCCGAAAAAGCUAAAUAAUUCAAUCGAAGUGUAUCUUGUAAUUCGGCAAACUUUUAAAUAUUUAAAAUAUAUUCGUACAAUAGUUGUGA